ACCUCCUUUCAAUUUCAUCAUCUUAACUAACAAAAACGAAAACAACCCACCCACACACACACUCUGUCACCUCUCGUCACAUUCAUCUUCCUUUCCUCUAAGCCGACACUUUCACACACAUUUCCCCUUUCAAUCUAACAAAUACCCAAAUAGAUACACGCUCUAUUCAACUCCAAACACUCAUAUACCACCAAUUUCAUCCAAAUUACAGUAAUUAACUGUUCUGAUCACUUAUUCCUUGAUGGGUUUCUCUAAAGAUUGAAACUUAAUCAUGGGUUUAUCGAAUUUGAUCCAUUUUGAUCACUGAUUUGGUGGCGGCUUCGAUUCUUGAUCAAAACAUGCGCCGGCGGGCUGCCGAUUACCGGCGGCGGGUUAGGAGGAGGCUGUCAAUUUGGAUCUGGGUGUUUCUUGUUUUGUUUUCUGUUGCUGGGUGUGUUUUAAUUUUUGUUCAACAUAACUUUCAAGAUCAAGAUCAUAGUCAAAUCCAAAAUCAAGAUCAAGAUCGGCAGACACUGUUGGAUCGGAAUGUUAGAAACAUACAAGUUACUCACAACAAGCUGAAUCUAACAAAGGAGAUAGGUAGUGCAAAUUCAUAUGCCCGACAACUACUAGAGCAAAUGACACUUGCAAAAGCUUACGUAGUCGUUGCAAAAGAACACAAUAACCUCCAUCUUGCAUGGCAGUUAAGUUCAAAAAUAAGAAACUGCCAAUCUUUGCUUUCAAAGGCCGCCAUGCGAGCGGACCCCAUCACGCAAGAAGAAGCCGAACCCCUAAUUAUUAGCUUAUCAUCUCUUAUUCUUAAGUCACAAGACGCUCAUUAUGAUCUUGCAACCACGAUGAUGACCAUGAAAUCUCACAUUCAAGCGUUGGAAGCUCGUGCAAAUGCAGCAACGGUUCAAAGUGCGUAUUUUGGGAAUUUAGCGGCCGAAUCACUUCCCAAGAAUCUUCAUUGUGUUAACGUUAAACUUUUGGCGGAUUGGAUUACGAACACGAGGAUUAAAGAGCUUGCCGAUGAGAAUAACAACUCUCCAAGGUUGUUAGACAAUAAUCUUUACCAUUUCUGCUUGUUUUCGGAUAAUUUGGUGGCGGUAUCCGCUGUGGUCAACUCUACCGUAUCAAACGCGGACCAUCCAAAACAACUCAUGUUUCACAUCGUUACAAAUGACGCCAACUAUGCAGCCAUGCAAGCAUGGUUUGUUACUAACGACUUCAAAGGGUCGAUGAUCGAAAUCCAAAAGGUUGAAGAUUUCACUUGGCUGAAUGCUUCUUACUCACCUGCGGUCAAAAAAUCUAAAAAAGUCGACUUUUUCGGAUACCCUUUGGAAGAGUCUCAAGAUUCGGAAACCGACCCGCGAUUCUUAAACCAAAAGUACGAAUCUUUAUUGAACCAUCUUCGGUUUUACAUACCUGAAAUCUAUCCCCACCUUGAAAAAGUCGUAUUUCUCGACGAUGACGUCAUUGUUCAGAAAGACCUAACCCCAUUAUUCUCUUUGGAUCUACAUGGGAACGUAAACGGUGCAGUCGAAACAUGCCUUGAAGUGCAUCACCGCUUGUAUAAAUAUCUCAACUUUUCAAACCCGGUUUUAAGCUCCAAGAUCGACCCACAGGGUUGCGGGUGGGCGUUCGGGCUAAACGUCUUCGAUUUGGUGGCUUGGCGGAACGCUAAUGUGACGGGCAUGUAUCAUUACUGGGAAGAACAGAAUGCCGACGGAAACUUAUGGAAGUUAGGUACUUUGCCAGCUGGACUUUUAGCCUUUUAUGGACGGACCGAGCCGCUAGACCGAAGAUGGCACGUGUUGGGACUCGGGUUCGAUGUUAAUAUUGAUAGCAGGAUGAUAGAGAGUGCAGCUGUGGUUCAUUUUAAUGGGAACAUGAAGCCAUGGUUAAAGAUUGGGUUUGGGAGGUAUAAGCCUUUAUGGCAAAGGUAUGUUAACAGAAAUCAUCCUUAUAUUCUUGCGUGUGCUACAGGUUAAGAGGUCAUUGUUAGUGUAAAUGCAGAAAUAGAAAAUUUUGUUUUGGUGUUAUUUUUUAUGGUAUUAUUUAUAAGUUACAUACAUUUGUUUUGAUUUUGUUAAUUAUAUUGCAAUGGAGGAGUGAUUUUUGUAGACAAUUCAAAGAAAUGUAAUUUGAUUUCCCCCCCUUUGGAAAUUUGAAGCAAGUUUUGGGAACAA